UUCUUUUUAAUCGUAGAGACUCGAACGAAAUUGUUGACAUGAUUGUAUGAGGAUUUAAAGUCAUUCACUGUUUGGUGCAAGUAACUAGUAGGCCGACGACACAACAGCCUCGGGCCCAAGAACAGUGAUUAGAAUGGCCUUUAUCGUGGUGUGUCAUUCAGAAUUUAGGCCUAAUUCGUAACUCUGAAAAGAUUCUUGCAAUUAUGGAGGACGCACUGGCACGAAGAGGGGCGAUUUAUAUUCACGCCAGCGACAUUCAGAAUACACUAGAUUCUGGUAAAACACUGGACGAACAAACCAACCAGCGUCGCGUAGGGCAGAGAGAUGGCUUUGAAGACAUACCAGAAGAUCAAGAAGCACCAAAGACGAGUAGUCGGCCAACACUGCCCAAUGCCCGGCUCAGAAGAAGACACGCUGAGCCAAAAGAUGAUCCACCGUUUGAUAGGCAAACACGAAGUGCCACACCUGCUAAAUCAGAUGAAACUAAACCGACAGCUCACGCACACAGGAGACGAAGCAUCAGUUUGCAGGGACGUAGGCCAAGUACAGUGCCAGAGUUUUCCACCAAUAUCCCCCAGGACAGACGAAUGAGUGUUCGGCGAAAUAGUACUCUGCCUGCCCCUCCCACGCAAGCGUUCGUCUCAUCAAUGCAACAUACUCGUCGUGCUAGUACGGUGCCAAAGACACAUGAACCCGAUCCCGCCCUCACCGACGAUCAAAAAGCAGCUUUCAAGGAAGCAUUUGACCUGUUUGACAGGAAUGGUGGCGGUACCAUUGAUGCUGAUGAGUUAUCUGAAGCACUGAAUUCUGUGGAUAUUCAUCUUUCCUCGGAUGAGAUUAAGGAGGUUUUACAGGCAAUCGACAAGGAUGGGAGUGGUGAAAUUGACUUUGACGAAUUCUUGAAUAUAAUGACCAAUACGGAAAAGUUUCUGGAAAUGUUUGCCUCUAGGCAUGAAGGUGAAGGUCCUCGUAAGAUCCCAGCAGCAGGAAGAGGGCACAUUCUCUUUGACGCAUUGACACAAUUCAUGAAAUCCUCUGCUCUCAAAGCGAUGGAUGAAAUUGUCGGGUAUUACAAAAGCAAGUACCGUCGUGCGAACGCUCCCCAUGUGGUCAUGCACUAUGCGGCCGGGGCCAGACUCAUCGGUUUGACUGAGAAGCAAUUGGCUAGACAUCUGGAGAAACUGCAAGCCAGUAACAAAGGGAAAGAUUUGAAGAGCCCAUACGCGCAACCUCUUCGUAUCUUUUUGACUGGAGCACCUGCCAGAACUACUAAGAAAGAACCAGCAGUCCAUCCUGAUAAGGAGCGUCGACGAUGCACCGGCAAAAUAAGAUUAACUGUGCAUCUACCGCCCUCUACUGACGCCAUUUCGUUGAAAACAGACGGCAAUGAAGGCCAAAGCAAGGUCGUGCGUAAUUCUAAGAAUACCAACAUGCACAUGAAGCCUGUCUUCCAGCCCCGUCUCGGUUGGGUCAAACCUCACGUGAAGAGUAUUGCCGCCAGGCUACCUCAGAGAAAAUCAGUUCUCACUAUGGAAGACCUUGCAUCCAUCAGGAAACGGAUAACAGACGCUACGAGAGAUCACUACCACGAUUUAGCGAAGAGCCGAGCGGUCGAGAACCAGCGAUACUGGCGCUCACUUCAGCCACAAUUCAUCCCAUCAAAGACGCUACGAAGUAACUUCAGGAAAGUGUUCUGUGCAUACAUUGCUGCAGGACAGCGAAAAAUUUAAAUACAUGAAGGAAAGGGAAGUUUCUUAGCUACACAGUCUUUCAACAUGUGUAAUGAAAAUAUUUAAUUUUCUGACCUUGUAUUCAUAGCAACAUCGUGUAUGCAUACGCCUUGAAGCUGCGAGGUUUAUACUCGAGUUAAGUUAAUUUGAUCCCCGUAAAGUGUAAUUACUAAGCAAACUAACUGGGUAGUUCUUGAAACAUUUUUUACCGGGCAAGCUUACGGAGUCUGGAGUCAACAUUUCAAAGUGGUAAAAAAAUUAAAAUUCAAGACCUACGCGUCUUUCGUGUUUUUGAGCUACAGUUGGACAAAAACCAGGCUUGCAUGUUGAACAACCGUUUCUUAUAAAAUUGAUAUCAAUUGAUUUACACGAUGUAAUGGAAUUUAAAUGCAUUGCAGUUAUUGGAUGAAUAAGACGAAUUUCAGAAGCGAAGGCUUUUCCGACAACCAAAUCCAACGAGUGUGAAACUGAUAGGCCUAACUGCAAUUAAACGAAUUUUUUGUUAACAUUU